AUGUAUCUCCAUUCACUGGAUUCUGCCUGCAAAGAUUCUCAUUUCUGUGACAUCUUGGAUAACCACCUCCUGGAGGAGGAGGUGAAGCUCAUCAAGAAGAUGGGCAACAACCUGACCUACUUCCCUAGAGAGCCAGUAAAAUUUGAGGAUGUGGCAGUGAACUUCACCUCAGAAGAGUGGGCUGUGUUGGAUUCUAGUCAAAAGAAGCUCUACAGAGAUGUGAUGAAGGAAACGUUUUUGAACCUGUUCUUUAUAGAAAAAGCACUAGAAGAAAAUAUUGAAGAGGACUCUAAAGAUGUCAGCAGAAAUAUGGGAUUUCAGGGGAUAGAGAAUGACCAUGGAUAUGAAUGUCAUGCUGAGUGCAAUAAAAACCAGCAACCUAUUCCAGACAGUAUGAUCAAUAAAGACACGCCUUCCAGAUUAAGAGCUCAUGAGACUCCAUUGCGUGUAAGAAACAUUAUUAGUCAUUUAUCCUUAUAUGUGUAUCACAGAGAAAAAACUAUAGGGAAACCACCCCUGUAUAAGGGAGCUGUGGCAAAAGCUUUUAUACACCAGAAACAUCGGAAAGAUAUCAGUUAUUCUGAAUUACUUCAGGGACUUGAAACUUAUCCUAAAGAGAAUCCCUGUAAAAAUCAACAAUGUAAUGAAGCCUGUAGUAGUCUCUGUUUUGAUCAGCCUCAGGAGAGAACUCAUACUGUAGAUAAACUCAGUGAGAAUGUUUUAAUGAGAUACACACAUGGCCACAAUGAUGAAGUAAAACAAUUUGUAUGUAGUCUCUGUGAAGAAUCCGUCAUUGAUUCCAGUGACCUUACCAACUACGAAAAAUGUCAUAUUGAAGAGAAAAGGUACAUUUUUAGUCAAUGUGGCAAAACAUUUAAAUAUGCAACAUGUUUUGAGAAACAUAAAGCAACUUACACAGGAGAGAAGCCAGAUGCUUCUAUACAUUUUGGAAAAGCCUUCACCGAAUUCAGUCAUCAUAACAGUAAUGAAAGCAUUGGACAAAGGCAUUAUGCCUGCAAGCAUUGUGGAAAAAAUUUUACCAGUAGUUUUUAUCGAAACAUUCAUGAAAGAAUUCACACUGGAGAGAAGCCUUAUACAUGCAGGCAUUGUGGAAAAGCCUUUUCUUCUUCCAGUAAUCUGAAUAUGCAUGAAAUAAUUCACACUGGAAAAAAGCCUUAUGCAUGUAAGCAUUGUGGAAAAGCCUUCAACCACCCUGGUCUUCGUAAACGACAUGAAAGGAGCCACACUGCGGAGAAACCUUAUGCCUGUAAGCAUUGUGGAAAAACCUUCAGCCGUUCUUGUCAUCGAAAUGAUCAUGAAAGAAUUCACAGUGCAGAGAAACCUUAUGCUUGUAAACACUGUGGGAAAAAAUUCACUCGUUCUUCUCAUCGAAACAAUCAUGAAAGAAUUCACACUGGAGAGAAACCUUAUGCAUGUAAGCAUUGUGGAAAAAACUUUUCUAGUUCUUCUUAUCGAAACAUUCAUGAAAGAAUUCACACCGGAGAUAAACCUUAUGAAUGUAAGCAUUGUGGAAAAUCAUUCACCAAUUCCAGUAGUCAUGACAGACAUGAAAGGAGACACACUGCAGAGAAACCUUAUGCGUGAGCAUUGUAAAAAGCCUUCAACAAAUCCAGUAGGUAUAACAGACAUGAAAGGAGCCACACUACAGAGAAG